AACAAAUAACUUGUGGUUCUUCUCUAGGACUACAAUCAUGGGCAACUUCACGCCCCUUUUGCUAGCUGCCUUCGUGGCUACGGCCGCAGCAGUACCAACGGGGCUUCGUUACCAGUGCGCCGAAACAUGCAGCGCUUCAUCCAAGUUUGCAUUCGAAAGAGGCAUGAGCUACGAGUACACCUACACCACCAGGACGGACAUUGGCACGGACAGUUUGAGUGUUGGAGACCAGGCGAGGGUGCAAGUCACGGCAAAGGCGGUCAUAAGUGUUCUCGCGCCCUGCGAGUUCUCGCUAAUGCUGGAAGACGUGGAACUUGAGGGAUCUCAAAGUUCGGAGUUCACAACCGAGCUGACGAAGAAGCCCCUGAGAUUUGCGUUCGACGACGGACUUAUUUCGACGAUCUGCAGCGAUGAGGGCGAGCCAGCGUGGGUGACGAACUUCAAACGAGGCGUCCUCAUCGGCUUCCAAAACAACGUGGACUCUUUCUCGACUCAAGAAAAGUUCCAGUUUGUGAAAGAAGUUGGACUCUUCGGAGAAUGCGAUACUCGUUACGAGUUCGACCGGAGUACAACCGACCACACGGUCAUCAAACGCGUGUCGGAGAAAUGUCCUAACAUUGCCGUCUCGUCUGUAACUACGUUACCAGCGGCAAUCCAGAGAGUGCCUCUAGUAUCUUCCUACUUCGAGUGCUCGCAAACAAUCCUUGCAGGGAUAAUCAACAAAGUAGAAUGCAGCCACACGAUGGAACUGAGUCCUGUGUCGCAAGGUGCAGGAGGUGCCACAGCAUUCGUUACGUCGACCAUAAACCUCAUAAAAGUGACCCCAAAUGGGCCCAUCACAGAGUUUCCUUUGGUAAAAUCCAGCUUGAAGUUUGAUGGAAACGUCGAGGAAGAGACCUUGGAAGGCAAAAUUCGCCUGGUCGAAUCAAUUCUGGAAGAGCUGGACCAGUCGACAAUGCCUGUUGUGCAGUCUACAGUACCUGCUCUAUUCUCCCGACUUGUCGAACAUCUGCGCGAGAUGAACCAGCGACAGCUCAGCAUCAUAUACGAGGCAAACAGAGGUACCAGAGUGUGGAGAUUCCUGGUAGAUGCCGCACCCAUGGUAGCCACUCCCGCGUCGAUGUUCAUAGUCCGAGACCUGAUCCUCUCAGGCCAGAUGACCGAAGUCGAGACCAAGGCAUGGUUCACAUCACUCGCCUUCAUUCCGAGUCCCAAGGUUGAGAUGUUCCGGCCAUUGCCCGCUCUCAUGCUCCAGAGUUUCUCCAAAGAAGCAUUCCUGGGAGUUUCUGCAAUGGUUAAUACAUACUGUAAGAUCGACGCGUCAUGUUCAGAGACAAAUGAAGUAAAAGAAAUAUUGUCUGUCUUCGAGCUUCAACUUGGAAGUGCAUGCAGAAGCACAAGCUUUGAAGAGAAGGAAAAGAUCCUGGUGACGCUCAAGGCUUUAGGAAACGCCGGCCACUGGAUGAGCUCCGAUAUCGUCGUAAACUGCUUCAAUGAAGAAGAGAACCCAACAGAGGUCCGAGUUGCCGCUCUGGAGGCUUGGCGCAAAGCCCCUUGCACGUACGACAGAUCUGGGCUUAUGGGUGUCUACGAGAACGGCCGUGAAGAUUCGGAAAUUCGAAUCGCCGCGUAUUUGUCCCUGAUGGCAUGCCCUACUAAAGAACUCAUCAAUACCAUCAAAGAUAGGCUUAGUUCGGAAAGUGUGAACCAAGUUGGUUCCUUCGUAUGGACUCAUUUAACCAACCUUCAGGAGUCAGCCUCGCAUGAGAAGCAAUGGAUAAGAAAACUUGUUGGUGAAGAAAUGUUGGCGAACAAAUUUAACUCGAGUAGCUUGAAACUUUCUAGGAAUUUUGAAUCAUCUUUCUAUAUGGACGAGUCUGGUUAUGGAGCCACUGUGGAUAGCAACGUCAUUUUCUCAAGCAGUUCAUUCCUUCCAAGAUCUGCGAUGCUAAAUUUCACUUUAGACCUCUUCGGCGAAUCAAUUAACAUGUUUGAAAUUGGAGGACGCAUUGAAGGCUUUGAGAUAUUUGCAGAAAAAUUUUUCGGCCCAAAUGGCUAUUAUCCUGAGGAAACGGUGGAAGCAAUCCUGAAAAAUCUGCGACAAAGUCAGAAUAAAGAAGAGACAAUAUGGGAACAAGGAGUGAGCGACUCGACGAGCGAGCCUGAAGGGUCUUACUACCUGCGGGUCCUGGGAAAUGAUGUCAAAUAUCAACACUUCAGGGGAAUCGAGAAUUUCUUCGAGAAGAAGCCUGAUUUUGAUUUACUGCAAAUGCUGCUUGACUUUGCUAAAAAUGGCCAAGUAGAUUACACGAAAUCUUACAAGCUGAUGGAAACAGAACUGACCUAUGCGACGAUUUCAGGUCUACCUAUCACAUUGAAGUUGAACAGCACUGCAACUCUCGGUCUGAGAAUGGACGGGAACUUUGCUAUGACAUCCUUCCGCGACAUUAAUAUUGAUGGCCACAUCUUCCCAUCUGCUGCUGUCCAAGUCGACGCCACUAUCAUGGUCGACGCUCACGUCUCAAAAUCUGGACUUAGAAUAACAUCUAACUUGCAUUCUUCUGCUACGUUCGACGGACGAGUGAACAUUAAGAGGGGAGAAAUUGUCGACAUUUCUCUGAAAAUGCCUCAAGAAAAAAUAGAACUAUUUAGCGCCCACGCUGAGAAGGUUUACAUUCGGAACGAUGAAGUAGUUAUAGUAGAAGAUUCCCUUCAAAACGGGAUUACAAAGAGGUGUACUCCAACAUCGUCACUUCUUGGAUUGCAGCUCUGCUCGGAAGCCUCGAUACAAGAUUGGUCGUUUGAUGGAAAAAUCUUCUUAGAAAAGACUGAUUCACACAGUGAAUACCUUUUCCGUUACAUGAACGCUCAAAACAGCGUGUCAUUCAUUAUCGACACUCCUGGUUCAAGAAUUGACAGAAAAUUUAGUUUCGUUGCAAGUCGAGAGGAUGAUCAGGUUCGAAUAGACCUUUACAGUCCCUGGAAGGCUCUCACAGCCACUGGUAAGAUAGCAGGGGGAGAUUCUGGACAAGUUUAUGAGUUGAACGUCGAUGCCGGCAACAAUCACAGGUACCAAGUUACAGUCGGAUACUCGAGUAAACGCCAAGAAUCAACCACGAAGUACGAACCCAUUUUUGUCGUCAAAGCACAAUCAGAGGUUCUAAACGAGUUCAGAGGAUUUUUCGAAACUGACGCUGAAAAUCAUGUCAUCAAGACUGACUUGCAGAACUCUGGACUAUUUGAAUUCGUUUUUUCAUUCGACUCGUCUCUUACAAACGAGGCUUCAAACUUCAACUUCAACUUGAUAUCGAUGCCUUUAACCACAAAAGUCUCAGGCAACAUCAACAGAGAAGACGGUUUCUACUCACAACUGGAUGCAAAAUACGCAGUCAUGCGUGGGCCGGAACACUCUUUCAGCAAGUUGUUGAGGAUCAACAAAGUUACUCGGGACGAGAGCAUUACCUGCAGUUACGGAUUCUCCGUCGUUUCUACCCAGUUUCCGAAAUUGACCCUACAUACGAAAGCAAGAUACCACCGCGCCCCAGGACGUGUUGAAUCUUCAUUGUCAGUAAAUUAUGGAUCCGACGCAAUCGUUCUUGACGUUGACAAGGUCUUAACUUACUCUCUUCACGGAGAAAACAAGAACUUUGAAUACCGAACGACUAUUGUUAGCCCAACGUACGAUAUCAAUACACUGAUAUCCGAAAAAAUCAUUCUUCGACGAAACUAUUUCUUGAGAGAUUCUCAGAUGAGAUUGUCACCCGAUCUCAGUAUAGAGAACAAAGUUGAACUCGGUUUCAGCGAUAUUGAUGGAUUCGCUCGAUUUAAUUUCAAAUGGGGAACACUCGACAUUGGUAACGAAAUCAGUUACACCAAAGUCGCGAACAAUCACUACACUGCGCAGGUACUUGGCCGCUUCAAUAUCGUACAAUGGAACUUGGACGCAAACUACCGAGACACGUCGGUGUGGGGGCAGUCGCUACAUCACGCGCUGGGGGCCAAGUUCAGCUUCGGUGAUGUCGCCGGCGACCUCAACGCCGUCGUCUCUGCAGACGCACAGCGCGCGCUCUUCGACGGAAGGAUGACCAUCCCUGGCGCCUCGCCCUACUUCGCCAAACUGGAGGCAACUAAGACAUCGCUCAGCAUCAACACCAAUGAUCUUACUCUAGAGGCAAAGAUUGUUUCUGAAGGAGAAAGGAAGUCAGUGUCAGUGGCCGGUGCUUGGAAUGGCAGAGACAUGUUGAUAUCAGGCGCUCUCUCGACCACCUCUGCCUCUGGAAACUUCAAGUUUGGCAGUAUUGAGAAGAGUUUCCUUGGAGAACUAGAAGAAAACGGUUUUAAACUGACUGUUCAUCUCGAUGCCAUCCGUGUGAUAACUGGGAAAAUAAAUUACUUCGCAGGCAAGGAUAUCAAAUUUACGGCCUCUUUGGAGACACCUUUCGAGCAGUACGAAAAAAAUGCACUCGUUUUCACACUGAGAAGACAAACCAAAAACGAAUUUUAUAGCAGCAUGAGCCUUACGGCAAUGAGCAAAGAAGUGGUUGCAUUCGAAUCAAGCGGCCAAAUAGCGAGCAACAACCAAAAGAGCAAAGUAGAAUUCGAAGCUUCUCUGGACUGCGAUGAAACAAUUUUUGGAACCAAACGUCUCCUUUUCCAGAUGAAUCACAGCAGAACGGGAUUCAAUGUUGACAGUUUCAUUCGCGGAACAGUUGACGAGAAAGAACUGCUGUCCGGAAGCCUGAAAACCUCGUUUGAAAUGGAUGUUCGCACCAUUCAAGCGAAUCUGGUGACUCCUUUCACCAAAGACAUUUCAAUCGAUGUAAACCACGUCGUCACACGCACUAACAAAAUUGAAAUAAAAUAUGGUGACCUAAAUGCAGUCUUCCAAUAUGAAAUCAACUAUCAACCUGAUGAAAAUAAAGCUCAGUUUACUUUAUACUCGAAACCAUUCAUCGGCGAGUCUUUAACCUUAGCUGCUGGUAUUAGAAGUGAGCACUCUACCAACAACAUCGACGUUGAAGUGAAAUAUGGCACGUCCGUGAUUAAAAUGUUGGUCACCACCGAGUUGACGCUGAAACCAAAUAAUAGCAACUUCGUCGGGAACCUGAGAAUCAUCCUACCCGAUAGAUCUCCAAUAACAGGUGUGGUUUCGGUGACCGUACGUGAACAAACAGAGUUGGAAACUGAAUUCGAAUUUACUCGAUUCUGGAGGUCCAGCGGUUCAGUUAAGGGACACUUUAUCCAAACAGGAAAUCCCAGAAAAUUCACGUUGUCAGGAUCUCUUGCAACUCCAGACACUCGAGGAACGAUUGAGACGCGAUUUGCAGUUCGUCCUAAUAGCAUCGACGCAAAUUUCAAAUUUUCCUUGGAUGACAUCGAAAGGGAGGCAUCCAUCAACGGCUUCUAUGACAUACAACAGUGGAAAUGUAAGCUACGAGGAGCGUGGGCUUCAAGUGACUCUGAAGUGUUCAAAUUUGGUGUGGAUCACGAACUGAUUGGGAACAAUUACGUCACAAGUUGUAAGCUAAGAGGCAGAAAUAUUGAUUUCAACAUUAAUCACGAAUUCCGUUUAACAGAUAAACUCAAUUGGGUUAACAGGAUAACAAUAAAUGGUAAUGAACUUUUCAACAAAAUGGCGGCCACUGGACAGAACUACUCACACAACUUCGAUUGGAAACUAGGAAGAACUUUCAUUCGCGGACAAGGCUCAUUUGGAAUGGAACUCCGAGACAACGUGUUCGUACGAGGGGAUAUGAAAUUGUCAUCAAGCUGGACGGAGGACGCGGAAUUAAAGAUCAAAUAUGAGAGCGAUGGCUCCGUUUAUACACCAGAGGUCAAUUUAAAAUACGGUGAAAAUUUGGUCACAAUUAAAGGGGUAUGUACUUGUCUACCUGAAGAAUGUUCUGUCAACUUCGAUUUUGAAAGUGGUACCUGGGAAAAUAUUUCAUUUGAUGCAAUUUACAAGAAAUCAUUGCCCCGUAACCUGAAGAUUUCAUUUACGAAAGGGUCCAAGAUAACGACAAUCAACAUUACGGGGGAAAAAACGGUUUCUGGAGUACGUGGUGGAGUACAAGUUGCUUCAGAUUACUUAUCUUACCCUCUCGGGAUUGAAGGUGAGCUCACUACAGGACCAGAACAGACUGACAUUAAGGUCACCCUAGAGACUGACAGAUCGUACGAAGGAAAAUUAUCUUUCUCUAGAUUUACACCACGAAAUGGUAUGGCUAUUUUGGAACUGGACAUCCCAUGCGUCAACCUCAACGAGUUGAAACUGCAACUGGAUUACGCUUUCAACCCCGACAUUUCUAAUGCGCACAUUGCCAGUGUAGUCAACAACAAGAAGAUUGAUAUCAAGGGCAAGCUCACAAAAAAUAAUCUUGAAAUAAGUUCAUCAAUCUUUUCUGUGAUCAACGACCUUUCUGUCACAUGGAAUUUCGAAAGGCAUGCAGGUUUUAUUUAUGUAACACACUUAUUUGCUUAUUUCGAACGCAUCAGAUCUGAAAUAUCUGCCGACUACAAUCUGAGGGGGCGUGAAUCGAAGCAGCUGAAUUUUAAAAUGAAUCUGCCUGACUUCUACAUCAAUUUAUCUGCACAGGCUCAAGAAAACUCAGCAACCAUCAAUGGUGAAUUUAGAAUUGUGUAUGACCAUGCCUUUACUUUAUUUUACGACGAUUCUGAGUAUUUGCUGCGUUUCAUGAGAGAUCACUCCGUUACUGAAAUCAAGGGUAAGUAUAAUUUCCAGCCACAAAUUGGCGACUUUUCUUUGGCGCUUUCAUCGCCUUUCUCUGACUUCACGUACGGAUAUUUGAGAUUUGAAUAUAAUCUCGGUAACACCAAAACUAUACAGAUAUCUGCAAAUCUGGAAAACCGUUCUAUGAACUGCAAAAUCGAAGCGACUGCACUCGAUUGGGCAACUUCCGAGGUGACAAUUUCGGGAGAAAGUCAUCUGGAGCAGUACAAGAAAAUUGGAGCAAAAAUACGAUUUGACUUCUCGAGUGAUAAGAAAGAAUUGCACACGGAAAUAUACCGCAAUGACGAGAAAGUUUCUUUUUCUUUGGUUUCAAAUAACGGUCAAGCAGGGCAGUGGAAGCUAUUAACUAAUCUUUCGACACCUUUCGAAGGACUGACGGAAUUAGAAAUUGGACUUGAAUUGCAUGUUGAAGAAGAACAUUUCAAAGCAAGCUUGUAUAGAAUUCUUAACAGCCAGCGUCAAGAAUAUGCAAUCGAAUUGGUCACAGACGACAACGAAAUCAAAGGAAAAGUGGAAUCAACAGCAACUGCUUGGAAAAUAAUUACAUUUGCUGGAAAGGUUGAGAAGAAUGGACCGAAAAUCUCUGGAGAAUGGGAAAUGAAUGUCGACGAGGAUGAAAUAGAGUUCACAGGUAACCUUGUAAUGAGCCGGGAAACACCAAGAUUUGAUAUCAACAUAGAGACUCCAUUUGAACACCUAGAAAAAUUGGAUAUUGUGGGCGCAUUCACUACUGCUGAAACAGGAAAAUCUUUAGAAAUUGAAGUGAGUACAGCCACGCAGACGUACGGCUGCAAAGCAGAAAUACAACAAGAGUACGGAAAAGUAAAUGCAAAAAUAAAUCUGACUUUACCGACAAACGAUUUCCAGGACAUCAUUACCUUCUCGUUUGCCGGAAACUAUAACUGGUCAGCAAACACAAAAACGGCACAAAUUUCAAUUCUGAACUUUGGCGACAGAGAGCCGAUUUCAGCCCUUCUGCAGUUGAACCGCGAGAAUAUUCUGCUUAAUAUGAAAACUCCGUUUGAUAACUACAAAGAAAUCACAUUCACCGGUGACCUUAACUUCGAUAGUGACCACCAAGCGAGAACCUUCGGAGAGUUCCGAAUUGGAAAGAAUACAUAUCGAGUGAGUGGGGACAUUAAUAUGAGAGAACAGUACUUUAAAUUGAAACUUGAGACUCCUUCACAAGGGUUCGGUGUCAUAAACAUUCUCGGCGAGGCAACAAUCAAUGGAUACGAGUUGACGUACCUUUAUGAUGGAAUUGAACGCAAAAUUUCCCUCGACUACACUCUGGCACCCGAAGCUAAGUCAUUCACACUGAAAACUCCGUUCCCUGGCUACAAUUCUGUAGUUUUAAAGUAUAAUUUAGCUAGCGCAAAUACCCCAACUGAAGGGUCCAUCGUUCUAGCGGUAAAUGACAAGGAAAGCAAACUCACCUGGAUGGCAGUUUAUGAAGAUCUUCAGGGAGAUAUGAAAGUCGCGUUGAACCUUGGCUGUGUUGGCGUGAAUAUCGAACUUAAUGCCAACUAUGACUUUACCGAAAAUUCCAGGAUUUUCAACAUCGAAGGAAUAUACAAUGAGAGAGUAGAAAAACUUUCAUUUUUCUUUGACUACAAUAGGCGAAGUGCAUCUAUUUGGCUUAUAGUGCCUUUCGUUCACGAAGAAUUUGGUUUAAAGAGCGCGUUUGAUGUGAAUGAAACUAAUAACGCUAUGAGCGCUUUCAUUGAAGCAAAGUUGUUCGCGACGGCGUAUAAAUUUGGAGCAAAAGCUGGAAUGACAGAUAAACUCAUUGAAGCGGAAAUUGUGACGCCUUUCGCAGGUUACGAACGGCUGGCUGCUAAAGGUGAAAUUGACAUUGCCCAGAAAUACAUUAACGGUGAAGUGACCAUGGGUGAAUGCGAGUCAAAGUUGGAGAUGAGAUAUUCGUUAACUCAUCCCCUGCUAGAAAUUAAGACUCCUUUCAGCAUCCUUCGUAAGUUUAUACUGUCCGCGGAUUACUGGAACACAAGAGAAAUCAUUGGUCUUUCUUUCAAUUCUGGGUACAAUAACUAUACCUAUAAAAUCGGUGCGAAGUACAAUAAAGAAGAUCCAGAGAAAAUGAUACACGUAGAACUGCAAAAUGCGGAUUCGUACGUCGAACUUGAUGCUGGUGCUCAUUUUGGGCCUUCCAAAGGGUUCAUGAAGGUUGGUUUGAAAACACCGUUCGAUGGUUUCAAUGAUUUGGUGUUCUGUGUCAAAUGGGAUGCAAGCAGGGAAGAUAAAAUGCUUGAAAUUUCAAUGGAAGACGAAGGACAGACUAAGAUGAUCUCAUUGAGCGGAAAACUCGUCAAUGAUGAAAUGGACUUGAGGGUCAGAAGCCUUAUAAAUGGCUUUGAAAAUUUCCAAACAAGAGGUGCUCUCAACAGAUCAAAACGUUCUCUUGAAUUCACCAUGAUGAACGACAGAGCUAGCGGUGGCAUUCAUGCAAGUUUCAAUUCACUAACCGUCAAGAUCGCCUCCGACUACCCAGCCCUUAAUGAUGCUUCCUUAACAAUAGAGAAGCCAGAUGCUGGAGGGUUCGCUUUGCAUUACAAACGCUCAAGCGAUGUUCAUUUUGACUUCACCGCCACUCCUUCAUCCAGGAGCAGACAGUACGACAUAACUUUGGAUGCAGUCAUUCCUGCUUGGGACAUUUUGUUUUUCAUUGGAGAAAUUCACAAAGAUGAACUUUUGCCUUAUUUAUCUGGUGCGAAAGUACAGCCCAGGUCGACCAUUCGAGGAGGAGGCACUUACAGUCCUACAGAGAGUGAUCUGAAAUUCGAUAUUACGACUCCAAAUGAGAAAUUUGAAAGCAUUACGGCAUUACUGAAACUCAAUCUUCGCCGGAAAGAGUUAAAACUUGAAAUCACAUCCAAUUCCGAAUUCCACGUUUUGAUCAAUUCGAGGCGCUCACUGACUGUUGAUAUCUUCGUACCCAAUCCUGCAGAACCAACCAUCAUCAAAGCGGAUCUUUCGCUAAUGAAAGGAAGCUUGAGUGUUUCAAGUCGUUUCCCAAACUGGCGCACCUUUAACUAUCAGUACGAAGCAAUUCUGGGCCAGAACUCCAUCAAAGCCAAUAUGAGUUUAGAAAGAAACGGAGUUCAGGUUUUGAAGCUCGAAUUCGAACGAGAAGCCGGCAAAGCUCAUCUGCAAAUUGAUGCACGAAGAGGAGAGAAUCACUCGGUCAUCCAUUUCCAUCGUCAAGGAUUCGAAAUGCUUUCGUUUUCUUUCACCAGAAACGGACAUGAGUUCAAAAUUGAAGCCCAAGGCACCGGUAACCUGCCCACUAAAGGUACUCUAGAUGUCGUGGUAAACAAUUCAUUCAGAGCUCUGCCUCGUACCGUGACUGCGCAUAUUGACGUUGACCGUACCGGAUCACCGAAGAAAGUUAAAAUAGAAGCCACAUUCCCAGGUAAUAGACUAUACGUCCUGGACUCCAAUUAUAACAUUGAUCUGCGCAGACCUCAAGUUGGUGACUAUGAUUUGAGAAUCACAACGCCUUUGAAGAGAGCGUAUUGGUGGUCUCAUCUCGCUGGAUCGUGGGAUUUCACGGAUCAUGAAAAUGCAGUGAUUAACUUUGAGGCUGCACGUGUAAAGUAUACAGCCAGAGGAAAGAUGUAUUUCCGCGAGGGUGAUAUUCAAAUAACCUCAGACAGGAGGAAUGAUACACCAGUAAUUGUUGCCUGGCGUAUCUACAAAACGUACACUCCUGAACAAAGGACUCGAGAUUACUACCUCAAAGUUGGAACGCAAGAAAGAUUUGUUAUGGCUAAAUUAAAAGGAAAAUUCAGUGGAUUAGCUGAAGGAGAGACUGAAUAUGGAUUCCAAGCCUCGCGCUUCAUGGCGAAUCCUUUAACAGGAUCAGUGAAGUGGAAACGUGACAGCAGCGGUUUGUCUGGUGACGGUUCCUUUGAGGUCGGGCAAUACAGCGGAACUUACACUCUGAAGAGGUUAAAGAUAACUGCAGAAACAAAGUCCGCCGUCCUGAGCUUCGAAGCUCAUACGAACAUCCCAGAGUUUACGCACGUCACGGUUGAAGAAGAGUACAAUUUUGACCAAAAAGCUUUCAUCAAAGUGAACAUCAGAUGGGAUACAAAUCACAUAUCUGUCAACCUUGACGUAAGUGAUAUUACGAACGUUCACACAGAACAAACUGCAUCGCUUCACUUGCCAAGCAUUGGAGAUGUGAAUAUUACAUUUGGCCACGAUUUCAGGGAUAAGAAAAACAGGAAAUUCACCAUCAUUGGCCAGCUAAUGGGAAGAGAAUCGCACCUAAAGGCAGAGUGGAACAGGAAUAAGGAAUUCACAAAGCUCUCUGGAAAUGUCGACAUCCAGACAAUUUCUCUCGGUCAUAUCACAAUUGUAGGUCAGUACGAUGUCAGAGACUUUCAUAAAGCCAAGGCAGAAGUGAAAUACACCAGGAAUGAUGACAAGAGAGUAAGCAUCAAAUGGACCAGAAAUGUUUCCGAAACUGAACUGAAGGCUGAAAUUCAGUUUGAGUCUCAUUUCCGCUUACUUCCAAGGGCAAAGAUCCUUGUAGAGGCUAAUUUCCAGGACGGCGUGCAUUAUAACUUCUUAGCUCAGGGCCCCACGAAGGAAAUCAAGCUCAAUUUCAACAUUGAAGCGGGCAGCAUCACUAGCGAAUUAACUACUCCUUUCCCUGGCUUCGAGCGCAUCACAGGAUCUCUCGUAUACAAUUUGCAGGACAGGAAUCGCAAAACUGUUACACUAAGAUACCUUCGAGGAGACGUAGCUCUGAAUAUGGAUAUCAACUUGGAAAUCGCUUCUCAGCGAGCUGGAAAUCUCAAAGUUACUCUUGAAACUCCUUUCACAUUCGUAAGAACGUUAAGUUUGGAUGCAUCCUGGAAGGAUAGGAAAGGUGAAGUGCACUACAAAAGAAACGACAUUGCCUACAGCUUCACGGGCCAGGCCGAAGUAAAGACUGAUGGAACUUCUUUCGAAAUCCUCUUCACGCCAACUUCCAAUGAGCCAGUUAAGAUAGGAUUCGACUUCAAUCCAGGCUCAAUAAUUUCUGGUCAAGGAACACAACCCGCAGAUAUCGCACAUAUUGAGCUGGAAAUUCUGGGAAAGCGAGUGGCAUUUGAUCUUGACGGAUAUCGAAACAGCGAACACUUGAUGCUCCACCUGAAGUCAGAAUCUAACUUAGAAUUUGUUCAAAUAUUUGAGGUCACACUAGACUCUGAACUCAAUCUCCAAAAGAGGAACGGGCUUUUCGAAAUUAAAGUGAACGAUUUCCACUUCAAAAUGCAGAACUUCUUUGAGCGACGUGGAGCUACUGGAUUUUAUUUGAGGAGCCAAAUUGAUAGUACUUUGACAGACUUACCGGGCAUCAUCAUUGGAAUCGGCAAAGAUGGUGAAGAAAGAACAAUCACCCUCGGCAUUGGAGAAGACAGAGAACUAACGGUAGCUUACAUUCCUAAAGAUAAUUUCAGACGUGGCAUUUCCGGGAGAAUUUCGGCACCCCGCCGAGGAGUACAAGAUGCAGCCUUUGAUCUCGAGUACAGUUUCUCGGGAGCUAAUAUCCUUAACAUCAAGUACCAAGUUGAGCUGGAACCUGGCAAGAAGACCCAAGCUAGUAUCGAGUACAACUCGGAUGGCGUACGAGCUCGAUUCGGAGACUAUAGUUUAAGAAUGAAAAGAUCAAUUACGGAUGAAGGAUUUUCAGCAGAAGUCGGAUUCAAUGACUACAAUCUAUCAAUCCAAAGGGAUGUAGUGAAUACUGGAAACCGAAAGAAAUUUGUAAUCGAAGGAUAUGUGUUCGGCACAAAGGUUUCAGUCGAAACAUCCGUCUACAAGCAAGGAUACGAGUACUUUGAAGGAAAAUUCCUCGUGACAACUAGCUUGCCUGGAUACAAUAACUUUGGAGGAACUCUCAACGUUUCAAAUGUGGAUUCAAAAUUGAAAGCUAGAAGCGAAAUAUAUCUUCCAUUACGCUCUAAUUUGAAGGUUUUGAUUGAUUUGGAGGGCAAUGUUAACAUGGAUAAAAUUGUGGGUGCCAUCGAUUACGCGGGACAACUAUACUCAAUUGAGCUGGAACUCCCCAGACGACCAAGGUCAGAGGUCGAAGUUUACUUGAAAAUCAAAACUCCAAUUGUAUCACUGUCGGAAGUGAAACUCACCGGAAAAUUCAAUGUAGUAUCAGUUGUAAACGUAAGCGGCUCCGUCAGAGUGGAUUAUCCGUCUGGCUCGUACAACAUUGUAUACGGGCAUAAUUUCGCAGGGGGAAAUAUUUUCACGGAAAUCAAAUUUGAAACUGCGGCAUCUUACGAGAAAAUUCACUUGAGAUUCGACUUCCAAAAAGAAGUUGCAGCGACUAAAUUGUCUUCAAUGAUAGUCUUCUUUGAGAACGAAGCCAAUCUUGACUGGACUUUCAUUGGUACGCAAAUGAAUGCUCAAGCAAAUAUCCAGUCUGCUCACCUCGACAGUCCGGUAUCAAUUACUUUCACUGGAAACGUGCCUCAAUCUAUGACUAUCACCGCCAACUAUCAAAAGAUCACUCAUGUUCUCGGUUACUCCUUCCAAUUAGAGAGAGCGAAUAUGGAUGCGCAAUUGAAUAUCAUGGUUGACAGUCCAAUUACGAGUGGAAGAAAGAUGAUUAGCUUGAGACAUAUCAUUCCACAAAACUACUUGCGCGAAAAUUUCAUGGCAGAAAUUACACUGAUUUCCGAAACAACGCAGAACGCAUACGUUAAUGUGAACCGACAAAAUGGACUGAGGAUAACUCUAGGGCUUGAUUCUUCAAUUGAUACUGCGCAGAUGGACAUCUUUUUCGAGCGUCCCCCGACGAAAACAUUCGUAGCUGGCAUCAAUCUUCGCUCGGUUCGUUACAGAGAGCACAAGAUCGAAGCUUCACUGGAGAAACCAAGUCCACAUUAUUCAAGUGUCGUCAACACUCCUGGAACUUUCUGUAAAUUCGACUUUUUGCUUUCUACACCAUGGUUGGAACACGACGUAUCUUACCAAAUGUUGGCCGAAUUCGUUGAUCAAAUCAACAUGAUAGUCCAGACUGUCAAGAUAGGUGAAGCAGUAGAAAUCCUCAAAUUUGGUUACAAGUACGGAGAGAAUUCGGCUUUCCUCCUGAUUGACGUAGAGACAGCUUCACUGAACUUCGGCAAAGUCAGCUUCACUGCUGACAUAGAUAUGAAUGACAUCGUAGCAGCCAUGUUUGAAAUGCAAUUCAAAGAAGAGCGCCAUAUCUUUGACAUCAAACUGGAUCAAAAUGAGAAGUACAUGGCAGCAAUCUUGAAUACCCCUCUAAUACCAGGAAUGAUUGCUAAAGUAGAGGCAUCUAUGAAUGGAAAUUCCUUCGGACAAAAGGAAACUGAAGUCGCCCUUCGAUACAACGAGAAAACUUAUGCAGCUAAGUUGAAUGUUGCCGCAAAAGAUUUAGGCAGCGUUGAAGCGAAAUUGGAAACAUUGACUCCUAUCCACGGUUACGAAAAGCUGAAUGCUGGAUUGAAGUACCAAAGCAAAGAUGGGUUUGACUUAAUUUUCUACGUCAAUGAUCCCCUUGGCCACUAUACCAACAGAUUCGCGUUCAAGUCCAAACUGACUUCAGACGGCCAUAACACCUCGUUGGAAAUCCAAACCCCCUUACAAGGGCUUGGAAAGAUCGUAGGUGAACUGAAAACACCCUUGGACAAAACUGGUGCUGAAGUAACUGUGAUUGUCGGAGAAACAAAAUUUGGCUUUGGAUACGAGAACACCAGUGAUGAUUUUGGCCGCAAACUUGCUGGCCGCGUUCUCAUCGACGACCUGGACUACGCGGGCAGCUACCGCAUACGCACUAAGGCCCCUUACGAGGUCGACAUCCAGACUCAGCAGCGUCACCUGGGCAAGACAAAUCGCUUCCACAUCAUGUCAGAUCCUUCAAUGGCAUCUUUCCUGAGCCUCUAUGCCCUCUAAGCUGCUAAUCUAACUAACAAUUAUUAUUAAGAACACCAUUUUGCCAGCGAGGACGAGUUUAGGCUGGCGAUGAGUUUCUCAACUAUAUUCAUACUAAGAAAAGUGAAACCUACCGGAUAUUGGUUGCUAACUUUAUGCGAAGGCAAUCUAAUUGACUUCCAAGUUAACGUAGUUUAGCACGAAAAUGGAAGUAAAAUAUCCAUAAGUCUUAUUUAUGAUACCCAUUAGUAUCUCUAUACUCCUUCCUUUAUUCAUAUUAUUAAAUAAAUUGUACUCGCUGAUA